AUGAAAAUCACGGAAAAGUUAGAACAGCAUAGACAGACCUCUGGCAAACCCACGUACUCAUUCGAGUACUUCGUCCCCAAGACUACACAAGGUGUACAGAAUCUGUACGACCGGAUGGACCGGAUGUACGAGGCGUCUCUACCUCAGUUCAUUGACAUCACCUGGAAUGCGGGCGGUGGACGUUUGUCUCAUUUGUCAACGGACUUGGUUGCGACAGCGCAGUCUGUGCUCGGUCUGGAAACCUGCAUGCACUUGACCUGCACUAAUAUGCCCGUCUCGAUGAUUGACGAGGCUUUAGAGAACGCUUACCACUCCGGGUGCCAGAAUAUCCUAGCUCUAAGAGGUGAUCCUCCUAGGGAUGCCGAAAACUGGACACCCGUUGAAGGGGGCUUUCAGUAUGCCAAGGACUUGAUCAAGUACAUCAAGUCCAAGUACGGUGACCAUUUCGCUAUCGGGGUUGCCGGCUACCCGGAGUGCCAUCCGGAGUUGCCCACUAAGGACGUCAAGCUUGAUCUCGAGUAUUUGAAACAGAAGAUCGACGCCGGCGGCGACUUCAUUAUCACUCAGAUGUUUUACGAUGUUGACAAUUUCAUUAACUGGUGUUCUCAAGUUAGAGCUGCGGGCAUGGACGUGCCCAUUAUUCCCGGGAUCAUGCCCAUCACUACUUACGCGGCAUUCUUAAGAAGGGCUCAAUGGGGCCAAAUCUCCAUCCCGCAGCAGUUCUUGUCCCAACUGGACCCUAUCAAGGAUGAUGACGAGUUGGUACGUGAUAUCGGAACUAAUUUGAUCGUGCAAAUGUGCCAAAAACUGCUCAACAGUGGCUACAUCUCGCACUUGCACAUCUACACCAUGAACUUGGAAAAGGCCCCCCUCAUGAUUUUGGAAAGGUUGAACAUUCUCCCUACGGAAUCCGAGUUCAAUGCUCAUCCAUUGGCCGUGUUGCCUUGGAGGAAGUCUUUGAAUCCGAAGCGUAAAAACGAGGAGGUCAGACCUAUCUUCUGGAAGAGAAGACCUUACUCCUAUGUCGCGAGAACCUCUCAAUGGGCCGUCGACGAAUUUCCCAACGGUAGAUUUGGUGAUUCAUCUUCGCCCGCGUUCGGUGACUUGGAUCUGUGCGGAUCAGACUUGAUCAGGCAAUCCGCGAACAAAUGUCUCGAAUUAUGGUCUACCCCUACUUCCAUCAAUGACAUCGCCUUCUUGGUCAUUAACUACUUGAAUGGGAACUUGAAGUGUUUGCCCUGGAGUGAUAUUCCCAUCAAUGACGAAAUUAACGCAAUCAAAACUCACUUGAUCGAGUUGAACAAGCACUCCAUCAUCACCAUAAAUUCUCAACCUCAAGUCAACGGCAUUAGGUCCAAUGACAAAAUUCAUGGUUGGGGGCCCAAGGAUGGUUAUGUUUAUCAGAAGCAAUAUCUGGAAUUUAUGUUGCCCAAGACUAAGUUACCGAAGUUGAUUGAUACCUUGAAGAACAACGAGUUCUUGACCUACUUCGCCAUCGACUCUCAAGGAGACCUACUAAGUAACCAUCCAGACAACUCUAAAUCCAAUGCUGUCACUUGGGGGAUUUUCCCCGGCAGAGAAAUUCUUCAACCUACCAUUGUCGAGAAAAUAUCCUUCUUGGCAUGGAAGGAGGAAUUCUAUCAUAUCUUAAAUGAAUGGAAACUAAACAUGAAUAAAUAUGAUAAACCACAUAGUGCCCACUUCAUUCAGUCCUUGAUUGAUGAUUACUGCUUAGUCAAUAUUGUCGACAAUGACUACAUUUCUCCAGAUGAUCAAAUCCAUUCCAUCCUACUAAGCCUAUAA